AUGUUCUCCGCUGCCGUUAUUCGGGCCGGCGCUCGCCGAGCCAUCCCCCGCGUUGUUCGCCGCCAGAACGUCGUCGCCGUCCGCAACCCCUUCCAGCGCCUCAAUGCCGUUCGAGCACUCUCAAGCACAAGCUCCCAGUCCGAGCAGGCCAACCGCGACCGUACCCGAGCCAUCAUCAUCCGCACCCUGAGCCAGAUUGGCAGCCGCCGUGAGGGCCAGCAAUACCUUUCAUACUUCACCUCCGUCUCCUCCCAGAAGUUCGCCGUUAUCAAGGUCGGCGGUGCCAUUCUCACCGACUACCUCGAUGACCUCUGUGAGAACAUCGCCUUCCUCUACGAGGUUGGCCUGUACCCCGUCAUUGUCCAUGGCGCGGGCCCGCAGUUGAACCGCCUGCUUCAGGAGGCUGGUGUCGAGCCUCAGUUCGAGGAGGGUAUCCGCGUGACUGACGGCAAGACCCUGACGGUCGCCCGCAAGCUGUUCCUCCAGGAGAACAUGAAGCUUGUCGAGAAGCUCGAGAGCCUUGGCGUCCGCACUCGCCCUCUGACCACCGUCCUGACCGCCGACUACCUCGACAAGGAGAAGUGGAACUUGGUUGGUAAGGUCACCAGCGUCGACAAGGCGCCCGUCGAGCUUGCCAUCUCUCAGGGUUACGUUCCUAUUCUCACUUCCAUGGCCGAGACCCCCGAGGGCCAGAUCCUCAACGUCAACGCCGAUGUCGCCGCUGCGGAGCUUGCCCGUGCGCUCGAGCCCCUGAAGAUUGUCUACCUCUCUGAGAAGGGUGGUCUCUUCAAUGGUGAGACUGGUGACAAGAUUUCCCACAUCAACCUCGACGAGGAGUACGACCACCUCAUGUCCCAGUCUUGGUGCCGCUACGGUACCCGCCUUAAGAUCAAGGAGAUCAAGGAACUUCUGGAGACCCUGCCGCGAACCUCCAGCGUUGCCAUCAUUCACCCCAGUGACUUGCAGAAGGAGCUGUUUACCGAUUCCGGCGCCGGUACUUUGAUCCGCCGCGGAGACAAGAUUGCCUUCGCCGACAGCAUCUCCUCGUUCCCUGACCUCGACAAGCUGAAGCAGACCCUCAUCCGCGACCGCGAGGGCAUGGACGCCGAGGCCACCGUUGACCGAUACAUCGAGUUCCUGAAGGGCACUCCCUUCAAGGCCUACUACGACGAGCCCCUUAACUGCCUCGCCAUUGUCCUCCCCCCCAACGAGGAGCGAUCCCACCCGACUCUGGCUACCCUGACCGUCACCAAGGAGGGAUGGUUGAGCAACGUCACGGAGAACGUCUUCCAUGCCAUCAAGAAGGACCACCCCAAGCUCGUCUGGACCGUCAGCGAGGAGGACGAGAACCUCACCUGGUUCUUCGACAAGGCCGACGGCAGCUUUUCCAGCAAGGGCAACCAGCUCUUCUGGUACGGCAUCGACAACCUCCAGGAGCUCGGCGUCUUGACCGACGAGUUCAACGCCCAUGGACGCGCCAUGCUUGGCGACUCCAACCUGGAGGCCCGCCUGCGCCGCGCUGCUCAGACUUCGAGCCGCAGCCUCAACCAGUCUACCACCCCCGCCCAGGCUCGUGGUUUCUCGACCAUGGCUCGCCGCCCGACAUGGGCCCCUGCCGCCGCCAGCCUUUCCGGCAAGCGCACUUUCGCCACGUACACCACUACCAACCCCAACCCUCCUCUGGGCAAGAAGAACGCCUCCAACGACGUUCCCUCCCGCGUCGCCCUGAUUGGUGCCCGUGGUUACACCGGCCAGGCUCUCAUCGAGAUGCUCAACGCCCACCCCAACAUGGAUCUCCGCCACGUCUCGUCUCGUGAGCUCGCUGGCCAGAAGCUUGAGGGCUACACCAAGCGCGAGGUCAUCUACGAGAACCUGAGCCCCGACCAGGUCACUGAGCUCGAGAAGAAGGGUGCCAUCGACUGCUGGGUUAUGGCUCUCCCUAACGGUGUUUGCAAGCCUUACAUCGAGGCCAUCAACGACGCCCGCAAGGCCGGCGCCGACCACCGCAGCGUCAUUGUCGACCUGUCCGCCGACUACCGUUUCGACAACACCUGGACGUACGGUCUCCCCGAGUUGACCGGCCGCUCCGAGAUCUACAAGGCCGACAAGAUCUCCAACCCCGGCUGCUACGCUACUGCCGCGCAGCUCGGUAUUGCUCCCUUGGUUGACCACCUCGGCGGUUCUCCCUCAGUCUUCGGUAUCUCCGGCUACUCAGGUGCCGGCACUAAGCCCUCGCCCAAGAACGAUGUCAACCUGCUCAAGGACAACCUAAUGCCCUACAGCUUGACGGAUCACAUCCACGAGCGUGAGAUUAGCGCCAAGCUCGGCACCGACGUCGCCUUCUCCCCGCACGUCGCCUCCUGGUUCCGUGGCAUCCAGGCCACCAUCCACAUCCCCCUCAACAAGACCAUGACCUCGCGGGACAUCCGCCAGAUCUACCAGGACCGCUACGCCGGCGAGAAGCUCGUCAAGGUUGUUGGCGAACCCCCGCUGGUCAAGAACAUUAUGAACAAGCACGGUGUCGAGAUCGGUGGUUUCGCAGUUCACAGCAGCGGCAAGCGCGUCGUCGUCUGCUCAACCAUUGACAACCUGCUCAAGGGUGCGGCGACUCAGUGUCUCCAGAACAUGAACCUGUCUCUUGGCUACGCUGAAUACGAGGGUAUCCCUACCAUGUAA